AUGGGAUUCCGAAACAGAGCUUCGAAAAGCCCUGAGGAGCUUAUGGCUGAGAAUAUCCGGCUUGUUGGUCGAGAUAUCGCUUCGGCCCUCCCCGAGAACCCAAGACCAUGGUGGCAAGAGCAGCAUCUGUUGCGCUUGAACAUGCUGCUUUUGGUGGUUAUGAUGGCGGCUGCUACAGUUGGAUAUGAUGGUGCCAUGAUGAACGCCCUGCAGAUCAAUCCCGAAUGGAAGUCAUAUUAUAAUAAUCCGGCAAAAGCUAAACUCGGCGCCAUCAAUGCCAUGAUGCCUGCCGGAAAGAUCAUUGGGUUCUUCUUUGUUGCUCCGUUCUCCAACCGCUUUGGGCGCAAAAAGGCACUUUGUCUAGCUUUUGUCAUCACUGUCAUCGGCGCUGUGAUCCAGGCCGUCUCGAUAAACCUUGGCCUGCUCAUUUUCGCCCGUUUCGUCCUCGGAUUUGGCUGUGGUGUCAUGUCUCAACCCAGCCCCAUCUUGUUAGCUGAGCUUGCUUAUCCUACCCAGCGUGGCAAGAUCACGGCCUUGUAUCAUUGCUUCUAUUUCAUUGGAGCUAUUGCCGCAGCUUGGAUCACCUUUGGCACACUUAGAAUGUCAGGAUCCUGGAGCUGGAGAAUCCCAACGCUACUCCAAGGGGCUGCUCCCUUGAUGCAGUUAAUUUUCUCGUACUGGCUCCCUGAGUCGCCUAGGUUUCUCGUGGCAAAGGGUCGAGAUGAGGAAGCCCGUGCCUUGCUCGUUAAAUACCACGCUGCUGGCGACGAGAAUUCAUCCUUGGUAGAACACGAGAUGAUCCAGAUUCGAACCGCUGUUCGGGACCAACAUAACCAGGAGAAGCGACCCUCCCUCAGAAAGAUGGUCUCUAGCCCUGCCAACCGCAUGCGUCUCACUAUAUCCGGUAUGGUUGCUGUCAGCGCUCAGUGGUCGGGAAACACGGUUGUGUCCUACUACUUGACACUGGUUCUUGACGGAGUCGGAAUUAAGAACGCUACGCACCAAUCUCUCAUCAAUGGAGGCCUGCAGAUCUUCAACCUCCUGGCUACCGUCGGGUGCGGAGCUAUGCUUGUCGAUGUUCUAGGCCGUCGUCGCCUCUUCCAAUGGUCUGCGAUUGGUAUGACCGUGUCAUACAUCAUCUGGACCAUCUUGAAUUCUCGUUUCGAUGCCACUGGUUCCGCCAGCUUUGGAUAUGCUGUUAUUCCCAUGCUGUUCAUUUUCUACUUCCACUACGACAUUGCCUUAACCCCUCUGCUAUAUUCAUAUCCGACUGAGCUCUUCCCUUAUGAAUGGCGCAGCUGGGGGGUGGCAUUCACCCUAAUAAUCACCAACCUCGUCCUUAUAAUCGGUCAAGUUUGCAAUCCUAUCGCGUUGGCCCAGUUGGGCUGGAAAUACUAUAUCCUCUUCUGUGUACUAGACGCGAUAUUCAUCAUUGAGGUCUGGCUUCUUUUCCCUGAGACCAAAGGCAAGUCUCUGGAGGAGCUGGCUGAUAUUUUCGGUCGCUUGGACAGGAAAGCUCCUGCAGAUCCCGGCAGUAACGAGGCUGCCAUGGAGGAGACUGUCAAGCAUGAAAUGGACAAAGGGAACGUUGUAUAUGUAGAUUCUCGAUAA